AGCCAAGACCGUGAUUCCCGCCAAAGUUAUCGGCAAAUUCUCCAUUCGUUUGGUACCAAUCAAGAUCCCGAACACAUUACCGAAUGUGUUACCAAAUAUUUGAAUGAAAAAUGGGCUGAACGUGGUUCACCCAACAAAAUGAAAGUCACCAUGUUGUCGGCUGGUAAACCAUGGACCGAAGAUCCCAAUCAUCCACAUUAUGAGGCUGCCAAGACCGCCAUUAGACAUGUAUACAAGGUGGAUCCCGAUAUGACACGCGAGGGAGGUUCUAUUCCAGUUACCCUAACAUUGCAGGAGGCCACUGGCAAGAAUGUUAUUCUCGUUCCUGUUGGUGCUUGUGAUGAUGGUGCCCAUUCACAAAAUGAAAAGAUUGAUAUUUACAAUUAUAUUGAGGGAACCAAACUCUUGGGUGCCUAUUUGUACGAGGUGGGCAAAUUGUAAACCAUUUUUUUA